AUGGGGGUGACAAAUGUUACUACAUCAACCAACUCCCUCGGAGCGUCGCUCUCACCAGCCCCUGGGCAUUCGACAGUGCAGCCGCUGCCUAUGACCGGAUCGUCCAGCGCCCAUCAUCCUCAUGCUCAACAAGCAUCGGCAGCGCCAUCAACAGCCAGCACAGGCGCCAACGGCGCGGAUGCCAUGUCGACCAGCUUUGGGCCCUCGUCUGGAGGCAAUGGAACCACGACCUCCAGCAUGUCGGGCAGCGUCAUGACAGAGGAGGAGGAGGACUAUGAUGACUACUGCAAGGGCGGUUAUCAUCCAGUGCAUGUCGGAGAUGCCUUCUCGGACGAGAGGUACUUGAUAGUCAGAAAGCUCGGUUGGGGUCACUUCUCGACAGUGUGGCUCGCGCGGGAUAACAAACUCAAGCGGCAUGUGGCUCUCAAAGUGGUAAAAUCAGCUCCACAUUACACCGAGACGGCGCUCGACGAGAUCAAACUUCUGCAACGAUUGGUUGCUGCUAACCCCAAUCACCCUGGUCGGCGGCAUUGCGUCUCGCUGCUGGAUCACUUCCGCCAUCGAGGACCAAACGGAUCGCACGUUUGCAUGGUCUUUGAAGUGCUGGGGGAAAACCUUUUGGGCCUCAUCAAGCGAUAUCAACAUCGCGGCGUGCCUGCGCAUAUCGUCAAACAGAUCGGAAAGCAGGUUCUGCUCGGCCUCGACUAUAUGCACUCUGAAUGCGGCAUCAUCCACACCGAUUUGAAGCCAGAGAAUGUGCUGAUUUGCAUCGAGGAUGUUGAGGCAGUCGUGCAAGCUGAGCUGCGCACGAACCCGGCUGCGGUGCCGACCAAGCUGGUCGGCGUGCCGCCAAGUCAAGGACGAGGCGGGACGCAGACGCCUCGCAAGGACGUGAUAUUCAUCACGGGAUCCCAACCGCUACCAAGCCCUAGCAGCAGUGUUGGGUCAAGUCCAAUGUUCGACAAGUGGGCCUUUGGCAUGUCAAAGAUUGAAGGAGGAGACGGUUUCAAGAGCGGCGCUUCGAGCGAGCAGGGCGGAUCGAAAGCCAACUCUGACCGCGAAAAAUCGCCGCAGCUAUCGCAGGGCAUCUCACAAAUGAGCACGGACGAGAAGCCGCAGUUUGGAUUUAAAACUGUACCCCACGCCCCUGCUUCGAAAGGACCAUCUUUGCUUUCGCAGCAAGCCCCUGGUGCAAAAGCGGCUGCUGCUGCCGCCGCAGGAUCGAAUUCUUUCUCUGUUGCUGGGCCGUCGAGCAUACCUACCUCGGCCACCGCCAGCAGUGCUGGAUCGCCAGAGUCAGCCUACCGACCCGAGAUGGACCCUUCCUCUCUGCCAAAUUUCAACGGCGCUCAGCAAGCGGGCAGCCCUGCAUCUGACAGCGGAUCUGCCAUGUCGACAGACCCGCCAGCGAACGCAGACCAGGACCUCGGCUACCAUCCGCCAGCUCCGGCUGCUGGCGAUCCCAACACGCUUCCCCCUCCGCCGCCAUAUGAUCCCAGCUCGCUGGAGAGGAUCACAGUUAAAAUUGCGGACCUGGGCAACGCUUGCUGGACUGAUCACCACUUCACAAACGACAUUCAGACGCGGCAAUAUAGGUGUCCGGAGGUCAUCCUCGGUGCCAAGUGGGGGCCAAGCGCAGACAUGUGGAGCGCCGCUGCGAUGUUCUUCGAGCUGCUGACUGGCGAUUACCUCUUCGACCCCACGCCUGGGUCCAAGUACAACAAGGACGAUGAUCACAUUGCGCAGAUCAUAGAGCUCCUUGGUGACUUUCCCAAGAAUCUGGCAUUCUCUGGCAAAUACUCGGCCGACAUUUUCAAUAGACGAGGCGAGCUUCGACACAUUCAUCGGUUGCGCUUUUGGCCGCUGAUUUCUGUGCUACAAGAAAAGUACUUGCUUCCCUUCGAAGAGUCAAACAAGCUCUCCUCGUUCCUCCUUCCGAUGCUCAGGCUGCACCCUGACCGCAGAGCGACAGCGAAAGAGCUCCUUGGGCAUACUUGGCUUGAAGGUGUCAUUGUACAGGGCGAGAUUGAGGCGAUGCAGCGGCAGCAGAGGCUGCAGGCUGGCGCGCCCGGGGAUGCGGCGAUGGGGGAUCGUCCUGUUGGACAGCCGAUAGGUGCGAAUGAAGAGCUGGACACGACGGAGGACGCUCUCAAGCCUGUUGGGAGUCUGUCGACCACGCCUUCCAGCAGCACAGCAGCGUCUCCCAUGCACCUCAACGAGGUUUCGAUGAUCGAAGCACAGCGGCGCGCUGCCUCCCAUCUGCAGCAACAGAAGCAGCAACAGCAGCAGCAUAGUGCGCCUCCGCCAUCGACAGCGACAGCACAAGACAUGACGAUGACAUCUGCAGGAUCCGAGCGGGACACGAGAGACGCUUCCGGUGGCUCAUCCGGCAGCAAUGCUCAUCGCUCGGCUUCGAUCAACCAGCAACAUGCCACGCCACGAGCGGUCGGUCAGCCAACAGCCAGUCGCGGUCAAAGUUCGCCUUCACCGCAUGGCCUUCCCAGGCCUGUGGCAACCGCGACUGUUUCGUGA